UCAAUGCUAAUAGAAAUGAGCAGCAAGCAGCUCUGAUGCAGAAAUUCAUCAGCUUUGUCCUCGCAUCUCCAAAAAUAUCCAGAUGUCUGAGCCCUCUUGUUUUAAGUCUGUAUUUUGUAUUUGUACAUUGUAUGUAUUGAAGAUGAACAAAAAUAGUCUGGGGUGGAAAAUAACUGCAUCAGCUCCUGUAUCCUGAAUGGAAUAUUGCUACUGGGAGUGGCACUUGCCUUUGUGUGUCUGAGGGGCUUCCACGGGAGCCGUUGUAGAUUUGGAGCUGAGGACCGGGAGAUGCUCCUCUGCCUCCGAGAGGAAGAAAUGUCACACCAAGAACUCACACAGCGACUGAUCAAUGUCAUCACCCAUGUCGAUGAAAUUAUGCAACAAGAAAUCAGACCCCUGCUUGCAGUUGAUAUUAUUGAACAGCUACAUAAACAGUUUGCCAUCCUAUCAGGGGGACGGAGCAGAGAUGGGGCACCAAUCAUCACUUUUUCAGAACACGCUACCUUUGGGGACCUUUCUGAUGAGGAUUUUCUGAAUGUAGUAACAUACUUGACCAGCAUCCCAAGCCUGGAUGCUGCCAGCAUUGGAUUUAUUAUCAUUAUAGACAGAAGAAAAGACAAAUGGAGCUCAGUUAAAGCAUCUUUAAUGCGUAUAGCAGGAGCAUUUCCAGGGAACCUGCAGCUUGUGUUUGUACUGCGACCUUCACGGUUUAUCCAGCGGACCAUCUCGUAUAUAGGCAUCAAGUUUCAACGAGAUGACUUUAAAAUGAAGGUACCGAUAAUUAUGUUAAACACCAUAACGGACCUGCACAACUACAUCGAAAAAAGUCAGUUAACAAAAGACUUAGGAGGUACUCUGGAAUACUGUCACAAUCAGUGGAUUCACCACCGAACUGCCAUUGAAAAUUUUGCAAUGACGGUAAAGGCAACAACCCAGCUGUUGCAGUCAUUUGGCACUGAACUUGCAGAAACCGAAUUACCAAACGAUGCCCAGUGUACAAGAGUGCUCCUCACCACUCACACAGAAAAACACACUGAUCUAAAGGAUAAACUGAAAUUGGCAGUUAAAGAAGGAAAUACGUUAAUAGUGUGUAUUAAGGAGCCACUUACUAAAAAUCCUACCUAUACGCUGAAUUCUGAUGAACUGGAAAAUAUGGCUACUGUUGAAAGGUUACUCAUACAGCUGGAUGAAACUGAAAAUGCCUUUGACCAGUUUUGGUCCAAACACCAUCUCAAACUUGAACAAUGCCUACAGCUUCGGGAUUUUGAACAAGACUUCCGUGAGGUGAAGAUCAUUCUGGAUUGUCUAAUGGAAACACAGGCUUCGUUCACUGAUAUUGGAGACAGUGCACCAUGUGUGGAACACCUCCUAAAGGAACUUAAACUCCAAGAAGAGAAAGCACAGGAAUCCUUAGGAAAGGCACAAUCUUUAGCUCUACUUGGGGACCAGCUUAUCCAAAGCAACCACUAUGCCAUCGAUUCCAUCCGACCAAAGUGCAAUGAACUCAGGCGAAUAUGUGAUGAUUUUAUCAAUGAAAUGAAGAAAAAGAAUGACGUGCUUGGAAGAUCACUUGAAGUCCACAGGCAACUGGAUAGCGCCAAGGAGUGGUGCGAAGUGGGAAUCUAUCUCCUGGCAUCUCAGGCAGUGGAUAAAUGCCAGUCUCAGGAAGGAGCAGAAGCUGCUCUCCAAGAUAUCGAGGGCUAUCUCGAAACUGCCGCACACCACAAGCUUACCAACGCUGAGGAGUUGCAUAAACAAUUUGAACUGUUCCUUACCUCAGAGAUUAGGGCCAAAAUUCAAACAAUUCUUCAAAAGCUUGAAAAUGUUUACGAAAUGAUUGAAAAACGUCAAGCUAGUUUAAAGAAAUUAGCAGCGAAACAGACACGCCCAGUUCAGCCUGUUGCCCCGCGACCUGAAUCAUCUCCAAAACGCUCCUCUCCAAAACCAGUCAAACCACCAAUCCUCACUCCCAGUAGAAGGAGUUUAGAUAACAUUAGCAAUUCAAAGCUGCCAACAGAGACAGAAUUAGCAAAGAAAAGAAAUAUGAAGAAACCAAAAGGAAACAUAAAGAUUGAAGUGAUGCUUGAAGCCAGUCAGGGGGGAUCCAGUCCCAUCCAAGUAACAGCUGAAAGUGAAGAAAACCUGUCUACAAGGAGGGGGCACAUCAUGAAUGAAUUGAUUGACACAGAAAGGGCAUACGUUGAAGAACUCCAGAGCAUCAUCGAGGGUUAUGCUGUUGAAAUGAACAAUCAAGAGCUGGCUCCUCUGAUCCCAGCUGCACUUAAGAAUAAAAAGGAAAUCCUAUUUGGAAAUCUUCCAGAAAUCUAUGAUUUUCAUAACAGGAUAUUUCUAAAGGAGCUUGAAAAUUGUGUGGAGAAUCCUGAGCUUGUAGGAACGUGUUUUUUAAAGCGGAAAGAGGAGUUACAGAUUUAUGAAAAGUACUGUCAAAACAAGCCACGUUCAGAAGCACUCUGGAGGCAGUGUGGAGAUUGCCAAUUCUUUCAGGAAUGCCAGCAAAAACUGGAUCAUAAACUUUCACUGGAUGCCUACCUUUUGAAACCUGUUCAGAGGAUUACAAAGUAUCAGCUACUAUUAAAGGAAAUGCUGAAGUGCAGUAAGAAUUCAGAAGGCACAGCUGAACUGGAGGAAGCACUGGAGACCAUGAUUAGUAUCAUUAAAUCAGUGAAUGACUCCAUGCAUCAGAUUGCCAUUACAGGAUUUGAGGGAAAUUUAAAUGAUCUUGGGAAGCUGUUGAUGCAAGGAUCGUUUAAUGUGUGGACAGACCACAAGAAGGUUCACAGCAAGGUCAAGGAUUUGGCACGGUUCAAACCUAUGCAAAGACAUUUAUUCCUGUACACAAAAUUGCUGCUGUUCUGCAAGAAAAGAGAGGAAAAUGCAGAUGGCCAUGAGAAGUCUCCCUCGUACAGCUUUAAACAUUCGUUGAAGAUGAGUGCUGUUGGGAUCACAGAAAAUGUAAAGGGUGACAUUAAAAAAUUUGAGAUCUGGUACAAUGGCAGAGAAGAAGUUUACAUUAUUCAGGCAUCAUCUGUCGAACUGAAGAAUCUGUGGGUUUCUGAAAUUCGGAAAGUACUGACAGGACAAUUGCAAGCUUACCGAGAUGCAAGCCAGCUAAACCAGAGGAUACAAGAACAUGUGUAUCAAGCUCCACUAACUACACCCAACAGAUACAUGAGGAAAUCAUCUUUACAGCAACAAGACAACAAGGGCGAUCCAGAACUGAACAAGCAAGAAGAGAACUGCAGCUCCAAUAACAGACUAAAGAGAGCUGAUGUUCCUUCCAGUCAUAACCUUGACCGUUCAUCUCUUGCUAAAAAGCGAUUUACAUUGCAGGGCCUUUCCAAUCGCAGACCUCAGCAGAAAGAAUCACAGUCUAAGGAACCAACAGUAAUCCGGCGCAUUUCCCUAGCUUCCUCCAUCAGUGCUUCAGGAAGUAAAGGAUCACUUUAUGGCCCAGAUGUUAAAGCUAAAAGAUAUGAAAUAAAGAGUGACCCAACUCCUCUGGGGUUUGAAGAGGCAUUGUCCGAUCCUUUCCUGAAUACAACCAAACGUCACAGCACCACCAGCUACGUAACAAGAUCUGCUUCCCAGACAGGUUGGCCAUAUAAACCAAUCCCAUCAUUAGACACUUCGGAGGAUUUUGAAACUAUUCCUUCAAGUAUGGAUGAGCUUUCAAACUCCUCAGACAUGGAUGAAGAAAUAUCGAAUAAAACGACUCCAAGUCUGUUCCGUGUAGAGGGCAUUUGUGAAUCUAAUUCCAUUGAGGAGCUGGCAGUACAGAAUGGCGAAGUGGUUGAGAUGCUCGAAGAGGGAGAAGAGGGACAGUGUCAAGUAAGAAGCCUGGUAACCUAUCAAGCAGGAUGGAUUCCUUCCACCCUUCUCCAACCAGUUGGCUCCGAACUAAACCCGGAUGAGGCUGAUAACAAUUCAGAUUUUUACAGUGAUGCGUGUACUGCAGCGUUUGCUGAUAGUGAAGACAAGGAGAGUACAGACUUGGAAAGCUAUACUUCAGGGACCAGGACUGAAAGCUGAUCAUGUUGUGACCAUCUUCAUCUCUCAGACGUCAGGCUUCAGUCGGGCCUACAACAACCAAGGAUCUUGGUGCACGUCAGUAGCUGGGCACAUGAUGUGAGAAAGUACAUGUGACUGAUGAAAAACUGUGCAGCUGUAUGUAAAGAACUGGGUUUGUUUGUAAUGGAUUCAUUUCUUCAAGACAAAUGCUCCUUGGUCGUACAACAACAGGUAUAUGAGUGUUAGCAGAGGCCAGGUUCCUGACGACAAAUCCAGUUCUGUUUUUGCAGUUAAAGUUUUGGCUUCCCACUUAUCUAUUUUGUUUGAUGGAGCAAAUCAAAGUAAGUGAAAGGGGAGUCAUAAAAUCUGGUCAAGUUUUCACAUGUCGAGAUGAACCAUGCCAGCAUUUCAUGUUUCCCAAGAACACAGACAACUUGACUCAUCUGACUCCUGUGGUGUUUCUGGUCAAGAAAAACAACCAAAUGGAAAGAUACCAAGAUAAAGAUAACUAUGCCUCAUUGUGGGUGCAUUGAUAUUGCGAAUGCCAUGUGAAAAGAAUUUUCUCAAGAAAUGAUUUUAGAUCUGCAGAGGAAAUGUGGUCAAUUUAUAUAUUGUGGAUGGCUAUGACCUAUUUAACCGACUUCUGCUCAACUAACAGUGACUUUAACUGCACCCUUGGACAACCACUGUGGGGCCAAAGAACAUGUAAAGAUUUGCAUGGAAAAUGACAAAAAAUGUGACUGGUGAAAGAUGUUCAAACUGUUGCUGGAACUUCAGUGUCAAGUACUGUGUGAAGGCUGUAUGAUGGUUCAGCUUGCAUGUUGUGAUUGUAUUUUAUUGAACAUUUCAAAAUGAUCCUUCAAAAAAAACCGAUUCAACAAUCUUGACAAGUAUAUUGAGUCUUCUAAAGUAAAGAUCUUUAAAGAUUGGUUAAUGUGAAAUGUUUUAUGUGUCUUUAACAGAAAUAGAUGUCAAUUUAUGCAAGAGGUGUUAUUGAGAUUUGGUUAUCGGUUAAUUCAUGUCUUAUGGUGAAUUAAAAAAAAACAGGAAGUAAUGUUUUGGUAUGAAGUUUAGACAGACGAUGAGAAAAAUAAUGAGCGUGUUUCAUGAUCUUGUGAGUAUGGUGAAUAUUCACCUUCCCCAGAAAUCAGAGCAGAACCUACUGCAAUCAGUGUUACUGGGGAUUCAAUGGCCAAAAUGAUUGUCAUUUUAAUUUAGCUUUUAUUAAAAUAUUAUGAACUACAGUUUGGUUACAGAAAUAUCAAGAUUCAACAUAAACUUUGAAUAAAUACACACCAUUUCUUUCAAUUUGCUGGAUUGGUGGUCAGUUUAUAGUCAUGCUUUGCGAUUUGUCCUCGAUAUUUAACCAUAUAACCAUAUAACAAUUACAACAAUUUCAGUGACCAUACACAAAAAAAAGCUUCUUUCCAGCAAUAUUACUAUGUUUAUUUUAUUUUUUUAAAGCAAUAACCUGUGAAAAACCAUGAAAAUCAAAACUCUUGUAGAUGUUGGCAUUCUGAAACGGAAACAAAAUGCUAGAAAUACUUAGUGUGUGGAAAGAGAAAUGAAGUUAACAUUCAGAUUGAAGUCCUUUCAUCAGAACGGGGAAUGAGAGAAGAUAAGUUCAAGCCAGAGAAAGUGAAAAUGAGGGAGGAAUGGGAAUAGGAGAAAGGGAAUAUCCCAGAACAGUGGAUGAGUGGAGAGAAACCACUGGUAGUUGGAUCUCAGCCCAAGGGCAUAAUGGAAGGCCCUCAUGCCAUCCCACUGCUGUUUGGAGGGACUGAGUAGUGUUGACAACUUUCUCACUCCCAAAUAAAGUACAAAAGGUGGCGUGCCGCAUCGGUGUGGGUAUGGUGCAGGCCCGGGAUGAAUGACGGAGGGGGCUGGCGGCUAGCAGAUGGUAACCAUAUAACCAUAUAACAAUUACAGCACGGAAACAGGCCAUCUCGACCCUUCUAGUCUAUGCCGAACACGUAUUCUCCCCUAGUCCCAUAUACCUGCGCUCGGACCAUAACCCUCCAUUCCUUUCUCGUCCAUAUAAC